GAUCCAGUCAGUCCGGUCCUGUGAUCUUUUGUUGAGUGACACAAAAUGGGUUCCUCGUCGAAGAAACACAAAUCUGACCGAGAACACCGACAUAAACACAGGCGGAGAUCUUCGUCACGGUCACGAAACAAGGAGCAUCAAAGCAAGAAGCGGCGGGACAAAGAUGAAAGUAAGAAAUCUUCUCAUAAACAUGAUAUUAGUAGUUCAGAGAGGAAGGAAACACCGUUCAACAGUGGUUCCUCCGGGGGCGCUGCUUCUACCGCUGGUAAUAACAAUAAUAAUAAUACCAGUGGUAGCAACAGUAAUACCUGUUCUUUGAGUAUCGAAGAGGCGAAUAGGUUAAGGAUAAAGCUUGGGAUGAGGCCCUUAGAUGUUAGUGGUUCCGGUUCUGGGGCCGCCAGUGCUGGUGGAGAAGACAUUGGAACUACUGAGACAGUCGCGAAGAAAUCUGAAGAUGUCCAUGUGCCUGCGGUGAAUUUGGGUGAAAUGAAACGAACGAAUAAGAUCCGGGAGAAAACCGAACUUCUGCGAGAGAAGAGGAAAAUUUAUGACAAGUUUAGCAAGAUCAAAACGUUGGGAGACGGAGCGGAUGACGACGAUGUGAAGAAAUGGAUUGAGAAAAGUCGAAAGCUGGAACACGAUCGCGAAAUGGCAGAGAAAACGGCGAAAAUGUUGGAUCAGAUGGACGAAGACUUUGGAAUUGGUAGUUUAAUGGAAGAAGAAUUUAAUAAAGAUAAGAAGAAGAAGAAUUAUUCGUCUAGAGAUCUAAAAGGUUUCAAAGUUGAACAUAAUUUGGACAGUUUCAAAGAAGGUAGUACCGUUAUUUUGACUCUUAAAGACAACCAAGUUUUAACUGAAGACCAAGAUGUUCUUGUUAAUCCCAGGUUACAUGAAGAUGAAGUUGCUAUAAAAAAUAACGAGAUUAAAAAGAAGAAACCUGAAUAUACCCCAUAUGAUGAUGAAGAAUUUACUGAUGAUUUCCAACCCCAAAAAGAAGCCAUGUUGAGUAAAUAUGAUGAGGAAAUUUAUGGUAAGAAAAUUACAUCUUUUGAACUUGGAUCUGGUGGUAAAUAUGUUCCAUCUGCUGAACGAGAUCUUGAAAGAAUUCGUAAGGAAUUAAAACAACAGAGUCAAAACCUUGUACAGUUGUCAACUCUAGCCAGGGAAUAUUACACUAAUGAGGAAGUGGAAUCAGCUAAAUUUAACAAAGUUAAAAAGGUGAAGAGAAAAAUCCGCAAGAAAAUAUUAAAACCAGAUGAUUUAUUGAACAUGCCUGAUGAGGUCGGUGAUGCCAGGAAUGGUAAUGACCUUGGAAAUCGGAAAAUGAAAAUAAAAACUGAGAAUCCUACAGAAGAUGGUAAAGAGUCGGUUUCUCCUAGAAUAGAGGUGGAAGAUAUGGACAUAGAUCAACAGCAGCCAGAAGAAACGACCAUUCUGGGGCACGACGACAGCGACAUCUACAACAGUUAUGUCGUAGAUGAAGAUGAUGCAAUGAAUGAACUUUACUCCACUUUAGAUAAAGUGCGGAAGUUGAAACAAAGGAGAGAACGGACAGUUCCUGACGAAAUCGCCAAAACAUUGCACCACACCCAGUCGCUGGGUUCCAAUGCAUUUGAUAGUGAGAUGAAAAAAAGUGACAUUAUUUUAAAUGCUACGUCAGAAUUUUGUCGUGCUUUAGGUGACAUUCCAACUUAUGGUUUAGCUGGCAAUCGUGAUGAAGAACGCGAUGCCUUUUUGGAUUUAGAAUUGGAAUUGAUGGAACGUAAGAAAAAAAUCCAAGAUGAAGAGGAUCUGUCGAGUCAGUGGAACGAGGUUGAUAUUGAUACUAAACCUGUUAAUAUUGUGAAAGAGGAAAAUGCAGUCUUGGAUGAAGAACCAGCUAUAAAUAUGGGACUUGCAGCAGCUUUACAAGUAGCACAGAAAAAGGGUUACCUGGAGAAUCAGAGCAAACGAAUGCCCAGUGGUCCCAAACACAGCGGUCUCGAAGCUAUUCAUUAUUCUAUUGAGGACAAACGAUAUGAUGACCUUGACGAAAAGUACCGCAAGAGAGAUCGGUACACGGGGAUGUUGGUAGACUUCAAAGAGAAAGAAGGAUACAAGCCAGACGUUCGGUUAGAAUAUGCCGACGAUUCUGGACGAUUGUUAAAUGAAAAAGAAGCGUUUCGUCAGCUCUCUCACCGUUUCCAUGGCAAGGGGCCAGGCAAGAAAAAGACUGAGAAACGCAUGAAGAAAUUAGAAGAAGAACAAUUGAUGAAACAGAUGAGUUCCACAGACACUCCUCUUAAUACAUUGACUCUUCUACAAGAAAAACAAAAGCAAGAAAGAACUCCUUAUGUCAUUCUCAGUGGUAACAAAGGAAUGUCUGCUAAUACCAUUGUUAAAUAGACUUUUUAAAUGUCUUUUUUUCUCUUUUUCUUUUUUUUUUUGCAAUAAUUUCUCCUUUUCUUUGUUUUCAAACUAAAACAUAGAAAACCCUACAUUUUGUUUCCAUUAAUUAUUAUUAUUUAAUAUCAACUUCGACAUGUAAAUGUUGUUUAUAGUGACUUGAGUUUUGACUUAUACUUACUGCAUUGUCCUCUCCAAAACACAUUACUUGACUGUACUCUAUAUUCUCUGACAUACUACUGUACUUCUGUACUAUCCGACUUACAACUUACUACACUAUUGGAUCGAAUAUCUAGCAAGCCAGGGACUAGAUUUCUAGAUUUUCCAGUUUUCUGGAGACUAUGUAAAUUUUUACUUAAUAUAUAAAAUAAACUAUGAAAAGUAACGAACUAAAUUGUAAUUAACAGGUUUAAAUUAAUUCAUUUCUGAAGCUGAGUUUGAUAUUUAUUUAAUCCACUUAAAAUUCUUUAAAAUGUAUCAUAUUAUACCAUGCAUACAGUAUGAUGUUUUAUAGGAUGGAAAUUAAACAAAGAAAAGUAACAAACAUGAUUUUAUUUCUCAGAUACGAGUACAAAUUAACUCUUUAGCAUUCAGAUUACUCUACCAAAUGCUUAUUUAUUCACAUUGUUUUGAAUUAAUCAUACUUUAUCUCUUAGCUUUGAGAUUUUGAUGUGGUUAUAUGAUUUAAGAAUAAUAUUGUAGGCGAAGUGUGAGAGGCCGGAUCUGGUUAGUUUGAACAUAAAAUAGGUAGAAUAUUUGGGCCACAUAUGACCAGAUUAAAUGCUAAAUGUUUAAUCUUUAUUAAUCCACUUAAAAUUCUUGAAAUCUGUCAUAGUGUACCGUGUAUACAGUAUAAUGUUUAUGGGAGGAAAACUAAAUGAAAGAAAGUAAAUAUGAUUUUAUUUAACAGUUGCAGGUACAAAAUUAAUACAUUUCUAAAGAAGAAUAAUGUUUAAUUGUUUUCAUGCUGUAUGCAAAUUAACUGACUUCUAAAACAGGUUCUGUUCACUCAAUACAGGAUAUAGUGUAUUGACUGAUAUCGCACAGUGUUUUGGUUGACAUAUUCUUGAAAGAAGAUGUUGAAGGCAUCCACUGACCUUCAUCUAAUGACAUUUCUACUAGCCUUUUAACCCUUUAGCAUUCAGAUUAAUUUGCCAAAAGUAAUCCUUUGAGCAUAAAAUGUGUAGAAUAUCUGGGCCGGAUACAGCCGGUUUAAACACUAAAGGGUUAAACAUGAUUAUAAAUGAAAAUUAUAAUAAAGUCACACAAAUAAACAUGUAGCUAUGAGAGGAUCAUCUUACACAAAAUAGAUUUUUCUGGAAGCUGGAUAAUAGGACUGGUGCUGUACUCUAUCUGCCAUUUUAUUUUACUGUUAGACAUUACUGUAUACUCAGACACUUUACUGUACGAUACUGUUCUCUGACAUACAACUGUAAUCCCCACCCACUUUGGUCAUGAUUAACCAUCAGAUUGCACCUAGAAAGUUACCCUCCCUGGCACAAGUCCGGGCAAGGUUGUUUAUGGAAGGCCAGCAGUCGCCCAUGCAUACCAGCCCCCCCUCUCCACACCACCAGUGUUAUCCAAGGGAAAUCGCAAAGGCUGAGACAACUUGGCACCAGUGACAUCACAACUCAUUUCUACAGCUGAGUGAACUGGAAGCAGUGUGAAAUAAAGUGUCUUGCUCAAGAACACAACACAGCCUGGUGUGGGAAUUGAACUCAUUACCUUAUGAUUGUGAGCCUGAUGUUCUAACCACUGAACCAUGCGUCUUCACCUGUACCCGUUGACUUAUAACUUAGUACUUACCACAUGUUACUUUAAUAUGACAUACUCCAGCUGUCAUAGGCAAUCCAGAACCUAGGGAGUCUAGGUGCACAUAGACAAGUGUGUGAUAGAAAAAAAAAAAAAAGAAUACAACAGAAUUAAUCAAAGUUAGUGUCACUCAUUUCCUGUUACACUCUCCUUUCUUAGAAACCCCUAACUCCUGUUUGCUUCUUGUCCAUCAUUUAUAACCAUGCUCAUUCUGCUGUCAUUAUAAUCAUUUAGGAUCCAUUUUUCCAUGCUUGCAUGGGUCGGGUGGAAAUUGUUGUGGAAAAAUUUCUACGACUGGAUGCCCUUCCUGUUAUAAACCUUUGUUUCCAAGUAAGGUGUAUAUGUGAGGGAAGUCUGUGGAAGAGGUAGACCCUGGAAGACAUGGGACAAAGUGGUAAAGCAUGAUUUUCAGAUUUCGGGUCUCAUGGAGCUGAUGACCAAUGAUCGAGACCGUUGGUGUUUUGCAGUGCUUCAGAAGACUCGUCGAGCCAAGUGAUAUCACAGUCGUGGAAUAUGCUGGUAAUGUGUAAAAGGCACCCACUACACUCUUGGAGAGGUUGGCAUUAGGAAGGGCAUCCAGCUGCAGAAACCAAGCCACAAUUGGACUGGGGUCUGGUACAGCUUAUCAGUCCUCAGACUAUUUAACACAUUGAGUGCCAUGUGUACACGGCACUUUACAAAUGUGCUGCAUAUACGUAUAUUGUAUACAUGUUUUCUCAUUGAAAAAUGAACUGCAUACAGCUAUUAUAUACAACUGAAACAUUAUAUAAAUUUGAAAAAAAGCACAUAUGGCACACAGGACUGAUUUACACAUUUCCCCUUGGCACUCAAUGUGUUAACCAAUGCCAGUAUAGAAAAUGGAUUCUAAAUGAUGCAUACAAAUUUGUUACCUUUUAGAUAUAUUUGAACCCAUAAGAAAGCCAUUCACUGUAUUUUGUGAUGGAGAAAAUUUCUCGCUUUAGACAAAUUGUAGAUACACUGAUUCAGCCCACAGCGCCACCUAACCAGACUGUUGGAUACUUUCAUUUUGGAAUGGUUAUCUCCUCUUCAACCAUAGAGACCGGAAAGGUAGACAUCGUGAACUGACAUGAGAGACCUAUAUAUAUAUAUAUAUAUAUAUAUAUAUAAUGUGUGUGAUUAAACACUCUGUUACAUUAGUGAUGGGACGAGGUGGACAUGGUCUGUCCAGAUCAAUGCAUAUCAUAUGUCAGUAACAUAUAUAACAAUUUUUCACUUUAUGUCUUCUGUAUUUUUUUUUUCUUAAUCAUGACAAGGAGCUCCUUGUUUGAAAUGUUAAUAAUAUUCUUUUUCCUCCUGGCGUAAUACACUAACUUUGAUUAC